GAGCCACGGACAAGACGUGCCAAAAUAGCGCGCAUGAUGCCAUGGAUUGGUUUUGGUAUUGGUGUCAUCAUGACAGCGCUGGGCGCUUACUGGGGAUAUUCAGAGGUGGAUCAGCACAAGUUCUCGAAAGUCAUCUGGUACGAGGAUUUCUCUAGCAAUGUGCUGGAUUUGCAAAAUGACUUCAACCGCGAUGUGGCCGUCGAUGGAUGGGGAGCAGAUUCACUCGAUUGGACGACCGACUCUGAUGACAACUCGUUUGUCAAGAACGGCAAGCUAUAUAUUCGACCAACAAUCACGCCACCUGAAGCCAACGUCGAGGGCUAUUUCCGAAAUCUGACGGCAGAAGGUAUUUGCUCCAAGUCGUAUAGUGAAUCAGCCUGUGUGACGCGCAGAAAUACAACAAAGGGACAAUAUGUCAACCCCGUGCAGUCUGGUCGUCUGACGACCAAAGGCAAACAUUUCUUCAAGUAUGGCCGGGUGGAAGUCAAUGCUAAAUUGCCCUUGGGCUCAUGGCUCUGGUCCGCCAUUUGGUUGCUGCCUGAGCAAUCAGGUGUCGACAAGUACGGUCCUUGGCCUGCAUCUGGAGAGAUUGAUAUUGUCGAGUCACGAGGUAAUCCGCCUGGCUUUCCAGGUGGUGGCCGUGAUACGAUCCAAUCUUCUGUGCACAUUGGUCCGGUUGGCAAAUGGGGUAAUGCAUACGCAGACUCUAACUAUGACACACAUCCUGUCGUUCCCAUUCCAAUGGCUGAUUUGAGUAAGGAGUAUCACACCUACGGGUGUGACAUCACGCCACAAGGCAUCAGUGUCUGGAUUGACGAGCCCAUCUACACAACCAUGGUAUACAAAUUCGAAAAGUCUCCCUUUGUGCAGUGGGGUCUUCCCAACAAUGGCCCAGAUGGCGAGCCGUUUGCUAACCCUUGGCAAGUCUCUCCACUCAAAGCAGCACCCUUUGAUGAGCCAUUCCACUUGAUUCUCAACGUUGCCUUUGCAGGUGUUCCUGGAUAUUUUACCUCUGACGAGAGUGCCAAUUACGGUAACUCUGCAACGCCAUGGAUUGCAUUCAAGCAAAUGUGGGAGAGUUAUCCCAAAUGGAUGAGUGAUUGGGGAGAUGAGGAUGAGCGAUCUAUGGUGAUUGACUGGAUCAAGAUG